AUGAGCACGUAUGAACACCUCAUCAUGAAACAGAUCAGCAGCAAUGAUAUUAUGAACAGUGAGAAGAGUUAUGACUCCUUGCCAAACUUCACUGCUGCUGACUGUCUGAGGCUGCUCGGUAUUGGGAGGAACCAGUACAUUGACCUCAUGAACCAGUGCAGGUCCUCCAAAAAAUUCUUUCGCAGGAAAUCAGCGCGGGACCUGCUACCAGCCAAACCAGUGGAUAUUUCUGUGGAGCCAUGGUGGGUGGCACAAACGGGCUACAUCACCGAGGACGACAUAAGGGUUUGUUCUCCAUCAGAGAAGAAAUCCAUUGAUAAGAUGAUUGAUUCAGGUCCUCAGCUGGCGGGAAUAAUGGAGUACAAUGUGGUUUUAAGCUUAUACAACCGGGGCUUCAUCUACCUGGACGUUCCCAUAUCUGAUGACAGCUGUAUCUCAGUGCCCCCUCUCGAAGGCUUCGUCAUGAACCGUGUCCAGGGCGAUUACUUUGAAACGCUUCUCUACAAAAUCUUUGUGUCCAUUGAUGAGCAGACAAAUGUGGCGGAGUUGGCAAAUGUGUUGGAGAUUGACUUGGACUUAGUGAAGAACGCAGUCUCCAUGUACUGUCGCCUCGGCUUCGCUGUGAAGAAAGGUCAAGUGUUCAGCUCCGAGCAGCUUCACCCCAGCUGGAAGAACACCCCAUCUGUAAACAGACUCAAGAGCACCAUGGAUCCCCAGAAAAUGUUGCUGUCCUGGGAGCAGGGCAGUCCCGUCAUGGAGGCAGGCUCCUCAGCCACAGACACCGACACCACCAGCCUGGAAGACCAAGCCGACACGGCGAGCGUUAGCAGCCUGAGUAUUCCAGCUGCACCCACCAAAAGGAUCGCCUUCCUGUUUGACUCCACUCUCACAGCUUUCCUCAUGAUGGGCAACUUGUCUCCGAAUCUGAAGAGUCAUGCAGUGACCAUGUUUGAGGUGGGGAAGCUGUCUGAUGAGACUCUCGACAGCUUCCUGGCUGAACUUGAAAAGGUGGAGAGCACAGCAGAGGGUGAGGCUCAACGGUACUUCGAUCAUGCUCUGACCCUUAAAAACACCAUCCUCUUCCUGCGCUACAACAAAGAACUCACUCAGGAUCAAGGACCCGAUAUUCCAAAUAUAGCUGUACGGAGGCUGCUGCUCUGCAACACAUGA